CUCUUGUACAUUGAUCUUUGUCAAGCCAUGAACACUGGGGACAUUGGCCAAGUCGAAGCAUCUUUUCUCCCUUGGAUACAUAUAUUCAAAGCAACUGGAAAGCAUAAGUAUGUGUCGCAGAUCUCAAGAUUCCUGACGAACCUUCAGUUCAAUUAU